AAUUUGUCUAAUAUAAAAUCUCGGGUUUGUUGCAAAAUGAAACUGUUUGCAACCGUUUGUACUAAUUAUAACCCUGGACUGGAAAAUACUGGGGACGCGCCUCAACAAGCAAGUGUUCACAGUACGUCAAAUCUCAGAUGCAAAACUGGGCAAGCUACGAUUUAUAACACCGUACAAAAUGAGGUUGCAUUGACCCUGAUAGUACUACCCCAGUAGCCUAGCACGAGGUGGAGGCUGGGUCACAGUGGUCAGUAACCCAGCUAGGAGGCUUGGCUCCAGGCUAGCCAGCCUGCCAGCGGAGGGAGGGGGCCUUGCCACGGAACGGCCUGGUGAGCUGCGGAGACAAGCAGCGGCGGGGGGGUUGUGAUGAGCGGGAAGAGCCUGCUGUUAAAGGUGAUCCUGCUGGGGGACGGUGGCGUGGGGAAGUCUUCCUUAAUGAACCGCUACGUGACGGACCGCUUCGACGCCCAGUCCUUCCACACCAUCGGGGUGGAGUUCCUCAACAGAGACCUGGAGGUGGACGGACGCCUGGUGACCCUUCAGAUCUGGGACACGGCUGGUCAGGAGCGCUUCAAGUCCCUGNGGACGCCGUUCUACCGUGGCGCCGACUGCUGCCUCCUCACCUUCGCUGUGGACGACCUGCACAGCUUCCAGAACCUGGCCAGCUGGAAGAAAGAGUUCAUGUGUUACUCUGACGUACGAGACCCAGAGAGGUUCCCCUUCGUUGUCCUGGGCAACAAGGUGGACAAAGAGGGGAGGGAGGUGGGGGAGGACGAGGCUCGGGCCUGGUGCGAGGAGAACGGCUGUUGUCCCUACUUCGAGACCAGUGCUAAGGACGAUACUAACGUGGGAGUGGCGUUCGAGGCGGCGGUACGGGAGGUUCUGGCGGCGGAGGAUCAGAUCGACCACACGCUGUUGAGUAGCACUAUCGAUCUCCACGGCAACCGUAAAGUACCGCGCUCUUCUUGCUGCUGAUUGGUUGAAAGGACUGGUUUCUCUCUCCGUCCAGCCUGUAGCAUCCUGAGGGCUAGAGAGCUGUUCUGCUCUCCACUGAUCUCUAUGGUUACUUACCUGAUGCAGGUACAAGCUGCUGAGACUGAUGAUCGGGUAUCAAAACAGCUGAUAAGAAGAGAAUCAGGUAUCAAUACAGCUGAUAAGAAGAGAAUCAGGCUAUCAAUGCAGCUGAUUUUAAAGAGUGUUCGAUUGUCAGUAUCAACACAUCUGAUUUUUAAAGUUUAUCAAUGAGGUACAAUGUAACAGGUACACCAUGUUGUUCAACUCGGUCUGCUUUCAGCAGUAUAGCACAAAACUGCUCUCUACAUCCAGCCAGCCAGCUUCAUGUACCUGCUCUGUGUAAUGUUUUCAGCAUAUAGGCCUAGCCCUCUUACAGAACAGUCAUUUUAAUCUGAUAAUAUUCAUGUGUCCUUUCUGUUCUCCUCUCCAAGAGCACAGGCUGCUUGUGGCACAGCAACGUUCUCAUUCAUCUCUUUAUCUGUCUGUCUGCUAAGUCUGCUAAGGUCUCAUAGGUACUUUGACCAGAACACGAUUCUAUCACACUGUCAGGUCUCAUGACAGUGGUUGGCUGACUGACCGGUGGAAUAUCAUUUAAUAUAAUACAUAGACUGGUGGACUG